GAUAAAAUGGCAGACGUCUCUCUGGAUGAAGUGAUACGACAGCGCGGUAUUAACCUCAAAGCACCAGCUAAAAGACCCAUGUUUGGACGGGGUGCAGGAGGCGUUGGCAAGAGUUUUGAUGCUCGGCAGAAGAUAGGGGCUAAUGAUGUCAGACAGCGGCUUGGAGGAGGACCAGGACCAGGAGCCGGUUUUCAAGUGAAAGAUGCCAGAGAAAAGCUGGGUCAAAAGGAUGCUCGCUUUAAAAUCCGUGGUGGGAGGGGAGGAGCAGGAGGGGCAGGAGGAGUCCAAGAUGCUCGUCAGAUGAUCAACUCACGCAAGCAGGGUCAGAAUCAGUUCGGUGUCCCUGCGCUUACCACACAAAAGACAGCUGUAACGCACCAUCUGCAAGGCCAGCUGCUUGUCCCACAGAUACAGAUACACGCCAACAACAAUUUUGCCGGUGUGAACACGAGGCAAUUUACCCCUAAUUUACAAGGACUGAGUAUGAGAGGCGGUGCAACACCACAGCAAGGCAAUAAUAAGAGAAUGAUGGAUGCUCGUGACAGACUGAGCCUCAAGAGAAGCAUCGGAGGGACACCAACACAGUCAGCUGUUGCACCACCUCUAAAAAUAACCAAGACCAUCCAGCAACGUCCAGUAGGAGUGGGGAUGCCAGGUGGAAUCCGUGCACAGACACAGCCUCUGUCCAAUGAGCAUGAUGGCCCCCACAGUAAACAGCUAAAGAUCACUACAGCUAAUAAUAUGCUACAGUCACGGCCCGGUACAGUCGGCUCCCCAUUCUCCAUGUCGGCCCCAAUCACCAAGGUGGUGAAAAAUGAUGCUUACACUGCCCCACGUCCUCCUGUCCCUGUGGCUCCCUCCCGGCCCAACGCCAGCAUGGCUGCUACCCGGUCCCCAGCAGCAGCCUUACAACCAGUGUCCAGGACUCUCCAGCAAAGCACAGCAGAAACCAGCACAACAGCUCCUCCUCCCCCUCAGCCUGCUUUCAGUCCUUUGGAGGGGACAAAAAUAACAGUGAACAACCUGCACCCCCGGGUCACUGAGGAAGACAUAGUUGAACUGUUCUGUGUGUGCGGGGCCCUAAAGCGAGCACGGCUGGUGAAGGUGGGCGUGGCUGAAGUGGUGUUUGUGCGUAAAGAGGAUGCCGUGAGCGCAUACAGGAAGUACAACAAUCGCUGCCUGGAUGGUCAACCCAUGAAGUGUAACCUUCAUAUUCAGGGAAAUGUCAUCACUUCUGAUCAGCCCAUUCUAUUGAGGCUCAGUGACACUCCAGGCGCAGGCAGCAGCACAAAGAAAGAAGGCCUGCCCCCCUCCUUGUCCCGCCCCGCUGGCCAGCGAGCCUCCUCUCAGCCCACCCCAGAGGUGGACCCUCAGACCAUCCUCAAAGCUCUGUUCAAGUCCACCGCACAGUCCACCUCCACCACCGAGCCCCCCAGCUCACAGGCCACUGCCUUUCGCAUCAAGAUAUAACUCAUGUCUAGUGUGAAUACACACUCUAUUCAUAAACAUAUUACUGCAUUCUCAGUGUUCCCAUACAAACUGUGGUUUUCAGCUUGACAGCAGGCCGCCCACAUUGUCUCAUAUGAAACUGAUUUUUACACAUUUGAUAUACAUAACUUCUCGGAACGGGACAUUUAUGGAUACACAAAAUUGUGUUAUUGCUUUUGUGGUAUCCAAAUGUUUGUUCCUGAGGUGGACCAGUGGAAGGAAGUGUGAUAUGAUUUGUUGUUUUAAUCGAAUGUGGUGGGGGAUGCCAUAUCAAACUGGUUGUGUUGGGAUAAUUUUUUUUCGCUCUCGUAAGUUCAAUACCAGCCCAUUUGGAUAUGUGAAUUUUUAUUUUUAUUUUUUAUAUUCCAAUUGGCAGACACGGAGCAGCAUUGUCAUUAUUUUAAUGAUUCAUUAUGUUUAAGGCUCUGUGUGUCAACCCAGGUGUGUUCAGUUAUGUCGUCUGUACCUCUUUUCAGGUUUUUCUGGGUGUGCACGGACCACAGAAACAAGAUAUGAUAUAGGCCAAACAAAAAUAGGAAAUAGGACAUUACUGAAGAUACUAUGUCCAUCUGAUUAAGCAGGACAAUAAAGUUGUCGCUACAUCUACCCAACUUCAACCUGAAAUGAGGUCGUUCUUAUAAAAAUGACUGAAAACACUUGUGUGAGUAAAUCGGGGAUUGACCAACACUAUAAUACCAUCGCUGCAGUAAACCAGUUUUCAAACGGUCAUAAUGUUGAUUGUUUUGUUUUUUUGUCUUUUUUACCAUCCUCGUAGCACCCAGAUCCUUGUGUGCUCUGUUUGUGACUGGUUUUACUUGGUUGUCCAGUUUUGACAAAGUAUGUUUAAUUCUUUCUAGUAAACAUUACACUUGAUUCAUGUUCAAAGACUGUAAAUUACUUUCUGUUGCUUUCUUGGUAUGUCAGUCUGGAGACUAGAGGAGGUCAGAUCUGUCUGUGAAAUGUCGCCAUUAAAUAUUUAGCUUUGUA